CAGCCCUUCCAGGCCUGCUGACGGGGGAGGAGAUAGACGAACGGAGCGCUGCUGAGGGAAGACACCCGAAGCUAGAGCGACAAUCUCCCCCGGCCCGCCCUCCCCUCCACCUGGCAGCGCAGGCUUUGAAAGCUGCUCACCCAUCUGAAUGGAAACUAGGAACCGCCGGGCGGCGUGUUCCUUCUCGCCCAGCCUUGCGAUCCAUGCCGAGAGGAAGGCAGUGCGAGCCCGCGCCAGCGUCCAGCUCCCGGGACAGGGCCGGCAGUGCUGCUGAGCAGAACUCGACCGAGCUCCUUCCUCGCUGCUAGUGGAAGCGAUGCUGCACGGCACAGCCAGCGCUUCCCCGGCUCUCCUUCAAGCUGAAGGUUACCCACCCGCGCAGCCAGUCCCAAGCCUGUGAGCGCAGCGCCUCGGGUCCCGGCUCCGGCUGCUUGGCGGCGGCGCGCAGGGCAACUACCUGGCCGCCCGCGCCGGGGCGCACUGUACCAGCGGCUUCGGCUUAGUGGAUGUGUAUGCAUGAGUUCUGCACCGAAUGGGCGCAAAAAGCGCCCCAGCCGGUCCACCCGCUCCUCAAUCUUCCAGAUCAGCAAGCCCCCGCUGCAGAGCCGGGAUUGGGAGCGCAGGGGCAGCGGCUCCGAGAGCGCCCACAAAACCCAACGAGCCCUGGACGAUUGCAAGAUGCUUGUCCAAGAGUUCAACACGCAAGUGGCCCUGUACCGAGAAUUGGUCAUUUCUAUCGGGGACGUCUCUGUCAGCUGCCCCUCACUCAGGGCGGAAAUGCACAAGACAAGAACCAAAGGCUGUGAAAUGGCCCGCCAGGCACACCAAAAACUUGCUGCCAUCUCGGGCCCAGAAGGUGGUGAGAUACAUCCAGAAAUCUGUCGGCUCUACAUUCAGCUGCAGUGCUGCUUAGAAAUGUACACAACAGAGAUGCUAAAAUCCAUAUGUCUGCUGGGGUCUCUUCAAUUUCAUCGAAAAGGAAAGGAGCCUGGAGGGGGAACCAAGAGUUUGGAUUGCAAAAUUGAGGAGUGUGCUGAAACACCUGCUCUAGAGGACUCCUCAUCAUCCCCUGUAGAUAUUCAGCAACAUUCCUGGCAGGUUUCCACAGACAUUGAGAACACUGAAAGAGACAUGCGAGAAAUGAAAAACCUUUUAAGCAAACUCAGGGAAACUAUGCCUUUACCAUUGAAAAAUCAAGAUGACAGCAGCCUUCUAAAUCUAACUCCCUACCCACUGGUUAGAAGACGGAAGAGGAGGUUCUUUGGGCUGUGCUGUCUCGUCUCAAGCUAGGUGAUUCCUCCUGGAAACCACCACGAGGAAGACCUGAAAAUAUCACUGAACCUGGGGACCUCCAGACGGCUGAACCACAGUUAUUGGUUUUUGACUAUGUUUUCUAUGCUUCCUUAUUACUUUUAUCCACCUCCUGCUGCCCUUUGAAAUGAUUUUACAUUUGAAAGCAGCUGCUGUCAAGAAAAAAAAAAAAAAGACAGAUUCGAAAAGCAGGCUGUUUUUAAAAGGAUUUUUAAAGCUGACAUUGUGCAUGUCUGCUCCAAACCACACCAUGACAGAUAUGAGAAUUAUGAUUUUUAAAUGAUUUAAAGGUUUUUUUAAGUAUUACACAGAGAAAACUUCUGUCAUGUAUAAUAGUAUAUCUAUAGCUCUUGCAGAUCUCAUGUUAACAAAUGAUCACAUAUGAGAGUCUUUACACAUAGAAAUCUAUUUAAAACUGCAAAACUGUUCAAAAUCCAACCAAUAUUAGGAAUAAUAUUAUAAUCAAACAUAUACCACCUCAACCUAUUGCUUUCCCUGCACUCAUUUACGUUUAGUCUUCCAUUCUGUCAGAAUCUAAGAGCUUCAACGUAAAAAUAUCUUAAUUUAUAAUGCAACAAAAACCAUAUAUGAAAAGUAUUUAAAUUUUGUAAAUACACAAUAAUCCUAAUAACUUCAUACAAUGCAUAUGGGUAACUAAUUUCCUUUCAAUCCAAUGGUGUCUUUUUCAGCUUCUUGGAGAACGAAGUAAUCCAGUUAGGAAAUGGUGUAGUAACAUAUACAAUUACCCUCAAAUGUAAAAUUCAGUAUUAUCAUAUUUUGUUCUAAUUGAAAUCUGAAGCAUGAUGUCUGCACAUCAGCAUAGUGUUAAAUCUUAUAGGGCAUGCUGGAAUUAGCUCAGAUCGUAAAAAUACUUAACAUUUUACAUUGUUAAUAAAAUCUUUUUAGUUAA